AUGGCGCCCAUUAAAAAGCCGUCUAAUCCUACUAAUAACACUGCAUACAAACGAACAGCUAGCAUAGCUCUUUCACCUCGGGAAAACAUCAAAAAUAAAUUCUCACCUUUAUUGGACUUAGCAGACACUGACAACUACCAAUCAGACAACAUAGAAAUUGAUACGCCGGAGGUAAGACAAAAAAUUCCACCUCUCUAUGUUUACGAUAUCACAGAUUAUAUUCACUUUCGCGACACAAUAACACCUAUGAUAAUAGAUGAGUUUAGUAUAGCCAACAAAAAUACUGUCUUGAGACUUAAUCUCACAUCAGUCGAUGACUACCGCACUAUCACUAAAUAUUUUACCGAAAUCAAAAUAAAAUAUCACACGUAUCAACUUCUAGAAGACCAAAACUUAUCCGUAAUAAUUAGAAACCUCCCCACAUCUAUACCUGAAGAACAAAUCUUUAACGCAAUUACCGAUCUAAACUUCACUGUUGUCUCAGUAACUCGAUUCCAAAAUAAACAUAAAUCUCCCAUACCGAUAGUAGCGGUACUACUCGAAAAAACGGCAAAAGAUAUUUUUCAGUAG